AUGCCCAACGCCUGCAUCCCAGCCUCUGGGGCCUCACGAUCGCGCUCGAGCGCAACGACCGCCGCCUCCUCGACCAGUCCCGAAUCCGACUAUCCUGAGCAUCAGCCCUGCGAAGCUGUAGACGAGCACGAUCCCUCGAGCGCCAAAGCAGAGACCGAGCCAGAAACGGACAUCCGCCGCAUCUCCCUACAUGUAGAAGCAACGUCUCGCCAACGCAUCAAGAUCCCUGCCAAACCGCCUACCUUAGCAGGGACCCAGGCUUCAAUUCUCGCCUCACGCCGUGGCGCCGUGAGCCGUGAACCCCUGUAUUACGACAUCGACGGCAAGACGAUGACGGAUAAGGGCUGGCUAUCGCCCGUGGGAUCCAAAGCCUCGACGCCGCCGACUGUGAACCCGGAGGUGAGAGAGAAGCUGGAAAGGGCUGGGCCGCACCAAUGCUUCACGGUGGGCCGGGGGUGUGGGUGCUUGGAGGCGGUUGAGCGGGCGGACGAGCAGCUGGACACACUGGAAGCAUCGUUGCAACCUCGAGGCGAAGGGAUAGAGGGCAGUGCCCACCCUCCGUCGGCUGCUGUGUCGCCCCUGAGGUUAGGCCAUGUUCCGGCACUCUUGGGACCGGUCAGCGGAUGCAGCGAUGAGGCUUCUCCCAUAGAUUCUGGUGGUAGGGCGGACGCUAUUGACAGCAGCGUCUGGCCACGCCCAAGCGUACGCGAGCAUGGCAUUCCAGCCACAUCCGAGCGACAAGUCUCUACGAACGACAAAGAUCUAGGCAUAGCCGACCUGUUGUUCCAUGACGGCGCAUCGGCAGAUGGGGACCGACAGCGGAGACCGAACACGGAGAGGACGUACAGCGAGAGCACGCGUGCGCCGAAUAGUUGCAGCUCGGAACCUUCCUCAUCACCAGGCUCAAACAGACCAGAGGAGAAUCUAUCGCACGGCAGCAGUGAUGUGGACCGACUCCAGCACACCCUCAAGCUUCUCUGGCAAAACCCACUCUACACGGAUCUCAAAAUCACCACUGGCAACUACGACUUUUUCUUAGUCCAUCGCUGCAUCAUGGCCGCCCAAUCGCCCCACCUCUCCCACCUCGUCAAAGACCACGCUGUCCCCGCCUCAUCGAGCGGCGGUCAGGCGGGUCAUGUGCUCGACCUAACUCCCGCAGACCCAGACGCCCUCGGCAGCAUACUCCGGUAUCUCUACACAGGCCUACUCAUCGUACCCACCUACGCCGAAACGACACUCUCAGGCCCCGACCUCGCUUCCCUCGCCAUCCUCCUCCCAAUAAUCGAACUGACAAUGGAAUAUCAACUCCGCGACCUCCUCCGCGAAGCGAAGAACCAGUACUGCUGGACCACCUGCGCAUGGCCUACGGGCCAUCCUCUCCUUCUCGCCGAAGCGUUCGUCGCGACGUUCAAAGAGGAAAGGCUGUGGGAGAUGCAGCAAGCGACGCUCGGGUGCACGUUAGCGUUCGCUGAAGAGCUCGUGAGCGAUCAAGAUGUCUACGACUUGCUGCUGGGCGCGGGGGAGCCGCUGAAAGUACUAGUGGUAGGGAUGAGUAAGCGCAUGCUGCGGGUGGAGGAUGAUGUGGAUGUGUCGCCUUGCGUGAUGAGUCGGGGGGAUCGGAAGAGGGCGGCGAGGGCGGAAAGGGCGGCGAGGCUUGUGGCUACAUGUAGGUUUGGACAUCUGAGGAGGGUCUAA